GAGCAAAAGGUGGACUCCACUGCCUUUAAACCAGAGGUAAGAGGUGGAGCCUUCGAAACGUUUGAGACGCCGUUCGGUGUGGGUGCAGCCGAGGGUAUCAACCGCGGAAAGUACGAAAGCUCCUGGGUCGUGGAGACUGAGGUCCCUGAGGCUUUUGAGGUAA